AAAUAGGUUUGCUAAGACUACUUUUUACUACGUGUACAGACAGAGAUCUGUUUGUUACAUUUUUAUUAUAUGUAUGUACUCGUAGAUGAGGUAUUUCCCUAUCUAUCUAUUUAUCUUUGUCUGUACGAGGACUGGCAGCAUACGUCACUGUAUAUUUAAAGCGUUGAGGAAAUUCAGUCGUGUUAAUUGUACACAGUUCGUUAUUACUUAUUAAUAUUUCAAUUGGUGUACAAUAAACAUGUGUCGAACAAAAGUCAUUGGAUUUAUUGUUACAAUAUUAAUUGCAUUUGCAAAAGCCGAUGACACAACUAAAAAUGACACUCAAGUAAAUGAAAUGAGUAUGUGUUUUCGGAAUUCCACUAAUAUUAAGAAUACCAGAAUAAAAAUAAAGACAUGUGUCACAGAUUACAUUAACGGAAAUACGACUGUUAAUACUUGCAACAACGGAAAAGAUGUCAAUAAAACAUUUGACGACCUACUGAAUUCAUUUUAUGAGUGCGUUAAAUAUAAUGAUAAAUAUAUGCAGGUAUUGAAUGAGUCUACAAGAAUAAGGAAAGAUAUUUUCACAGUGGCUUUGAAAAAGGAAAAACUGAACGAAUUAAUGGUUAAUAACGGUACACGAUGUACACAAGAAAUGUAUUCGGAUAUGUUGAAAUGCGUAAACGAUAGCUUGGAGAUUCAAGAGGACUUUAAGAGAAAUAUAUCAUACAGCUUGAUUCAAAUAACUAAAGUACUACUGUUUGAUAGAAAACCUUGUAAUUACUUAGUUGAGAUUAAAGCAUGUAUACAAAACAUACCCAGAAAUGAUUGCAACGUAACUAAAAAAUAUGUAACGGACAUCCAAGAUUACAUGUUAAAGACAUUCUGUAAACUAAACGAUAAGAAGGUAAUGCCGAAUAACUAUUCAAGUACUGGUGUUACAGUUGGAGUAUUAUUUGCCGUUAUUAUAAUUGCAGCCAUUUUAUACGUCGUGUACAAAAAACGUCGUUCUAUCUGCAGGAAAGGAGAUACGGAGAAAGAAGAAUAUGCUUGUUCGUACAAUGUGGCUAAAGACGAAGUAAAAACAAAUUGAACAAUAAAUAAUUAGUAUAUGUAAUAAACUAAAAUUGAUGUUGCAUUAUCGUAAACGUAAUAAAUUAUAAUUA